UUGUUUGGCUUUAUUGUGCCUAUCAAUUAUAAUGAGGGGUAAAUUGAUAGCAGUGAUUGGGGAUGAGAACACAUGCACUGGUUUCUUGCUAGCUGGAGUGGGGGAGACGAACAAGGGCAAGAGCAACUUUUUCGUAGUAGACGCAGAGACCCCCAAAAGUGCGAUUGAAGAGUGCUUCUCCAAGUUCAUGAACGACGACAAUAUAGCUGUGGUCGUCAUAAACCAGACGAUUGCAGAUGAGAUCAGACACCUGCUAGAUGCGAAUGACAGACAGACUCCGGCAGUCGUUGAAAUCCCAUCUAAAGACAAGCCCUACGAUCCAACCAACGACAGCAUUCUCCAGCGGGCCAUGAAGAUGUUCUCUGCCGAUGAACUGCGAUGAAAUGUAGUUGUUUAUUUACGCGGGUCUUUUUACUCAUAAUGCCCAUUACUUUUCGACCAGAAACGCAUAAUUUAAUUAGAAGAGUUGAUCAAACUUGGUUUUAAAAUUUAUUCAAUUUGAAUCAAUCAGAGUCGGAAAUCUUUUUUGAAUACGAAUUUGGGCGGAAUACAUGAAUAUACCCAUUCAAGCUUUUAACUCCGGUAAAUUCAAAUGUAAUCGCGUACGUUAGAAAGAGAUUUUUCGAUCGAUUUAAAUUAUUUGAGAUUCAUAUAUUCAAUUUUAUUCAUUGCCUGAUAUGUAUAUUUAGCUUUAUCAAAUAUAGUUGAAUAAUUAAAAUGUUUCUCUGA